AUGGGACGUAUCCUAUCUCGAGUGGAAGAUCCCGUAGAUGAGCACACAAAAGGUUGGAUACGAUUUAUGGUGAGCGUCGAAAGUGUCUACAAAAAAGCGAGAGAUUCGAGAAUUAGAAAAGGGCCGACAUCGCUUCUUGUACCGGCAACGGAUUUACUAUGCAAAUGUCCAAAAUUAAAAGCCAACAAAUCAUACCUAAUUUUGGGCCGAGAAAAGGAUGACUCGCCCGGAGGAAUACCGACCGGAAACAUCGCCGUCACCCAACGCUCAAUCGUGAUCGAAUGGAGAGACGAGUGGGAUCAAAGAAUGCGCCGAUUCCGUCGCCGCGCGAGGAAAUGCAAGUGAAGAGUAUAAAUCGAUUAAUAUUUAUUUUUUGAUUGAGAUGAUUUUUAAAAAUCAUACAUUUUGCCAACAGUAUUUUUAAAUUGUGUUUUUAAGGUCGACUGCAAAAUUAAAAAUUUGUACUGAGCAUUGAAAAAUUUUUGAAAUUUUAGUAGUGUUUAUUACAAUUUGUACAGUUUUUAUAUAUACCUACUCAGAAUACGUGUUAUAUAAUAAGUUAUUUAUUUUGAUUUGUAUGGUCUAAGUUGAAUGGUGGGAGAGCGUGUGUUGUUUUUAUAUAAUGCCAAAUAUUAUGCCUAAAAUUGGUAAUAGAGGAAGACAUUUGGUUUACACAGAUCUAAUCAAUGUAUGUAUGAUAAUGGGCGAACAAAAUGAGAUUGUACAGUAUUAUUAUGUAACUGCUGAUAUAAAAAUAUUCCAUUGGUAACAAUAUUACGUUAGGCUUCUAUAUGUGUAUCAUUAUAACUUUCUAGUUCCUAGUAACAACUGUAUUUAAAUCUUAAUGUUUUUAAACUGUUAUCGGUAAUAGCGCAGUAUUUAGUGUUUUUGGUGUUACCAACAUAUCAAUAUAACAGCUCUAUAAGUAUUAACGUGUUGUAGCAAUAUUGUUUUUAAAUGCGACAGUAAUACAUUACGCAGAGUUAGAACAGUUAAGACAUACCAUCAGGUAGUAACACAAUAGUCAUCUUUAUUAUUAACUAAAUUUGUAAAUUAGUCGUGUAUGUACCUACCUAUUAAAGAAAAUUAUAAUAAAUGUAUUGUCUAAAUUUACAUAA